AUGCCGCUCGUCCGCGAUGUCAACAUGCCACUCGCCGCCACCCACGAGCUGCGCAGCGACUUCCAUCAGACCAUCACACUAAACGACACUCCGCCUUUCGGCUUCAGCUUCCAGAUUCGCGAGACGGUCACCGACAGGCUCCUCCCCAGCCGGCGCCCACGAGAGCCCCUUCAACCACUCUCCCCUUCUCUUGUCCCAACCUUACCUGACUCGUCCACUCCCCAUGUCGGAAGGACGACUCACCUGCGCAGCCUAUUUUCAGAAGUUACCGAGGGAAUGGAGCUGGAGGUCCACUCCAUGGAGCCGGGACUCGUCCUGAGAGCUAUGGAGCAGCAGCGCCUCGACAGCGAACCCCCUCUGGCGGGACGCGGGUCGGAGCAGGCUGUUGCGAGUUUUCAUGCAGUGAUGACCAGAGCGCGACGCGUCCUCCUGGCCUUUCUCGCUGAAGUGGAGAGAUCGGACGAGUCGGCUUCACAUGUUAGCAUCGACCAGGUGGAUCAGAUAGCCGCCGCUGUUCAACGUCUCCGCGCCGGUUCACCAAACUUAUCACCCACAUUCGGAACCACGGCGAUUGACGCCGAUCACGCCGACCACCAGGAUCAAGACGCGGAGGAGGAUGAGGACGAAGAGGACGAGGAGGACGAGGAGGACGAGGAGGACGAAGAGGACGAAGAGGACGAAGAGGACGAAGAGGAGCAAGAGAAUGGCUUCGAGGUCUACCAGCGAGAACAGUGGUUUUCGGACGCUGGUUCAACGCGCAGCUCGACGCAGAAGCCUGAGAAAGGAGACUGCCCUGGCAACCACCGUGGGAACAAUCGCGACUCCCUGGGAGCUGCUAACGAAAACCCCAAGGAUUACUUCGACAACUGUGACAACCUCUGUGCCGAAAGCGUGGGUGUUCUCGAGGAGCUCGCGACAGCCCUACGGCGAUACUUGAGGCAGAGUGACGAGGAGGACUACGUCUUCGACUACCCGGAGGCUCCUUUGUCGGAAUGA